AUGACAACGCCCACCCCGUCCAUUGCGGUCAAGGACCUUUCGUACAAGUUCCAGGACGGUUCCGAUGGUCUUGAGCACGUCAGUCUUGAUCUGCCUGCGGGUAGCCGAACGCUCCUGAUCGGUGCCAACGGGGCCGGUAAGACCACCCUCCUGCGUCUUCUGUCCGGCAAGAAACUCGCCCCGACAAACACCAUUACCGUCGGUGGACUCGAUCCUUUUAAAGACAGUCUCGAGGGCGUCACCUACCUCGGCGUCGAAUGGGUGCUCAACAGCAUCGUCCGCACCGACAUUGACGUGCCCACUCUUCUCGCCUCGGUGGGAGGUAACCACUGGCCUGAGCGUCGCGAUGAACUCGUCGAUAUUCUCGACAUUGACCUUUCCUGGCGCAUGCACGCCGUCUCUGACGGUGAAAGGCGCCGCGUCCAACUCGCCAUGGGCCUCCUCCGACCCUGGACGGUGCUUCUGCUGGAUGAAAUUACCGUUGACCUGGACUUGCUUUCCCGGAGCAACUUCCUAGCCUUUUUGAAGCGGGAGACUGAGUCUCGGGCCUGUACGAUUGUCUAUGCCACACAUAUCCUGGAUAACCUGGCACAGUGGCCUACGCAUCUCGUGCAUAUGCAUCUGGGCAAAGUGAAGGCGUGGGGCUCCGUGGAAACCUUUUAUGGCCAGGUUCCGGAUUGGACGUCGGAGAAUAGUCGACUGGGUGAAUUGGUGCUGAAGUGGCUGAAGGAGGAUCUCAAGGCGCGAGGACCUCGAAACGAUGGCUCCUCGAGUCAGGCCAAGACGUAUGGAGCGAUGAAUCAGAUUGGCGGGUAUGGACUGGAGAAGCGAGCUGAGUAG